AUGCGCCUGCGCACUCUACCCCUCAACUCCUGGUCCUUAAGAUCAAGAAUUCUAGGGAAAUUCUUUUACCACGUUUUAAAGAGUGCCCUCUUCUGCACAGACUUGGAGUUAGUCACCUUCAGAGAUGUUGCUGUAGACUUCUCCCAAGAGGAAUGGGAUUGCCUGGACUCUUAUCAAAGGCAUCUUUAUAGUAAUGUGAUGUUGGAGAACUACAGGAUCUUGGUAUCACUCGGACUUUGCUUUUCUAAGCCAAGUGUGAUAUUAUUGCUGGAGCAAGGGAAAGAGCCUUGGAUAGUGAAGAGAGAGCUGACAAACAGUCUAUGCUCAGGCUGGGAAUCUAUGUGUGAGACUGAAGAAUUAACCCCACAACAGGUCAUAUAUGAAGAAGAAUCAUCCCAGAAUAUAAUAGAAGAAUUUACAAGCUAUGACCUUGAGUACUCCAGUUUGAGAGAAAAGUGGGAAUGUGAGAGCCAUUUUAAGAGGCAACCAGGAAACCCGAAGUCAUGUUUCAAGGAAGAGACAAUCACCCAUGAAGAAACCCUUGUUGAUAAAAGAGAACAGGAAUAUAACAAGUCUUGGGGUAGCUUCUAUCAGAACACAUUGUUUUAUACACAACAGAUAAUUCCUGAAGAGGAGAAAGUACAUAAACCCAACACAUAUAAGAAAAGGUUCAGAAAAAAAUUAACGAUCAUUAAUCCUGAGAGUGUCUUUGUAGAGAAGAAGCUUUUGAAAUGUAAUGACUGUGAAAAAGUCUUCAGCCAGAGCUCAUCCUUUACUCUUCAUCAAAGAAUACAUACUGGAGAGAAACCGUAUAAAUGUGUAGAAUGUGGAAAAGCCUUCAGCCAGAGAUCAAAUCUUGUUCAACAUCAGAGGAUUCAUACUGGGGAGAAACCUUAUGAAUGUAAGCAAUGUAGGAAAGCCUUUAGUCAGAAUGCACAUCUAGUCCAACAUCUUAGAGUUCAUACUGGAGAAAAACCUUAUGAAUGUAAGAUAUGUAGAAAAGCCUUUAGCCAGUUUGCCUACCUUGUUCAACAUCAGAGAGUUCAUACUGGAGAGAAACCCUAUGAAUGUACUGAAUGUGGGAAAGCAUUUAGCAAUAGAUCUUCCAUUGCUCAACACCAGAGAGUUCAUACUGGAGAGAAACCUUAUGAGUGCAAUGUCUGUGGAAAAGCAUUUAGCCUUCGUGCAUACCUUACUGUACAUCAGAGAAUACAUACUGGAGAGAGACCCUAUGAAUGUAAGGAAUGUGGGAAAGCCUUUAGCCAGAAUUCACACCUUGCUCAACAUCAGAGAAUUCAUACUGGAGAAAAACCUUAUAAAUGUCAGGAAUGUCGGAAAGCAUUCAGCCAGAUUGCAUACCUUGCUCAACAUCAAAGAGUUCAUACAGGAGAGAAACCCUAUGAAUGUAUUAAAUGUGGGAAGGCUUUUAGCAAUGACUCGUCCCUCACUCAACAUCAGAGGGUACAUACUGGAGAAAAACCUUAUGAAUGUAAUGUUUGUGGGAAGGCCUUUAGUUACUGUGGGUCUCUUGCCCAACAUCAGAGAAUUCAUACUGGAGAAAGGCCCUAUGAAUGUAAGGAAUGCAAAAAAACCUUUAGACAGCAUGCACACCUUGCUCAUCAUCAGAAAAUUCACAGUGGGGAGUCACUUUCACAACCCGAUCCAAUUAGUCACCAAAUCCUAUAG